AUGAGCUCUUACUUUGUAAACUCGUUCUCAGGGCGCUAUCCAAAUGGCUCCGACUAUCAGUUACUAAAUUAUGGGACUAACGGCGCCGUGAGCGGUUCGUUCAGAGACCCUGGCACCAUGCACUCCGGGUCUUUCGGCUACAACUACAAUGGCAUGGACCUAAGCGUAAACCGCACCAACUCCAACAGCCACUUCGGGCCGGUGGGGGAGGAUGCCCGGGGUUUCGGGCCGGACGCCCGGUACAGACAGCCCAACUGCUCGCUUUCCUCUCCGGACGCGGUGCCGUGCGCCGCGGCCAACCGAGAGCCCCUGGAACUAAAAAGCCCCUCUCCUCCGUCCGACCGGAGCACCGCCUCGACCGGCAACAGCCUCAACAAAAGCAGCAGCGCCCAUUUCACUGAGAUAGAGGAGACCGGCGUCCCUUCCGAGACCGAGGAGGGGGCGCACGCCAGCGGCGGCUCCGCCACAGCAGCCCGGGCGCAGCAGCAGCAGCAGCAGCAACAGCAGCAGCAGCAGCAGCAGCAGCAGGAAGCCAACGCCACCUCCUCAACUCCAGCAUCAAACGAGUGCCAAACGCCGCAGAUAUUCCCCUGGAUGCGGAAACUACACAUAAGCCAUGAUAUGACUGGACCGGAUGGGAAAAGGGCCCGAACUGCGUACACCCGCUACCAGACGCUAGAGCUGGAGAAAGAGUUUCACUUCAAUAGAUACCUCACGAGACGGAGGAGGAUAGAGAUAGCCCACACGCUGUGUCUCUCGGAACGGCAGAUCAAAAUCUGGUUUCAGAACCGCAGGAUGAAAUGGAAGAAGGACAAUAAACUGAAAAGCAUGAGCCUCGUGACGGGAGGAAGCGCCUUCCACAACUGAGUUUCCAAUCUUGAAUUGCUUCUUUUUUUUCUUUUUUUGGGGGGGGGGUUGUUUUUUUGUUUUGUUUGUUUUUGUUGUUGUGGGGGAGAAAUCCACGAGUAGUACUGUAAAGCUAUAAGUGAAAAAGCGCAGCACCUUUCAGCAUGCUAUAAUUGUGUUUAGACAUUUGGAAAGAAAAGGAAAAAAAUAUUCUGUGGUCUUAAAAUAAUGCCUUUUGAGUUUACCGUUGUUGUACACUUAGUUGUUGGAAAAGAAUGUGAGAUGUAAAUAUAUCUGCGGAUGUUCAUGUCGAUGCGCUCUCUCUCUCUCUCUCUUAUCUCUCGCUAUCUCUCUAUCUCUCUAUCUCGUAAGUUGUCAUGUUUCAGCCGAGCUCUUUAUUGUGUUACUUCUCGACGGUUUAACAGGAGUAAAUUUCCCAACCAUAUGCUGCUCUUCAUUGAAUGUAAACCUAAUAUAGUCUAUGACGGGGCCAUUCAAAAGGGAAAAAAUAGAAAAAGGAAAAAAAGAAGAAAAAAAAAGGGAAAAGGAAAAAGCGCUUUAGUGUAUAAGUUUCAAUGCUAUUUUGAUGGUUAUAUCUUGUGGCCAGACCAUGACCUCCACAAACAAGCCAGUGUGUACUAUAGCUAUAGAGAUCGUUUUGUGCAUAGAGCUAAUUACGAGCAAUUAAUGUAAACGUGUUCAACCUGUCAAUGUGAUACAUUUUUAGUGCAAAAAGAAGAAGAAGAAGAAGAAGAAGAAGAAGAAGAAGAAGAAGAAGAGGGAUUAUUCUGUGGAUAGGCUGUGAUGUACCUAUAAGC